GAAGGUCCAGAGCUUCGACAAUUUCUCCACCAGAGCGAGCGCGCAAAUUUAAAAUCCAAAGAAAAACAAAAACACAGCUGCUCAGAUUUAAAAUUCGCAAGCGUUCGCAUUCGCAGGUGCCAAAAUACAAUCACGAGUGAUUUUUCUCUCGAAAACAUGGCGCUUCUAAGAAAUAUAACAAAGCUCUCAAGACAAAUGUUCUCGGCGAGUCCAACUCUUGUUUCAUCAUGCACCUGCCGAAGAUCACCGAAUGUUUUGACGAGUAGACCUUUGAUGAGAUUUCUUUCUACUAAAGCAGUCGAAGAUCCAGAAAAAAGCGAAGUUCUUCACUGCAAUGUUGGAACAAUUGGACAUGUCGAUCAUGGCAAAACAACACUUACGUCAGCCAUAACAAAAAUCUUGGCCAAGGAGGGUAAGUCAAGGUACACAACCUUUGACGAAAUUGACAGCGCCCCUGAGGAAAAGGGUCGUGGCAUCACCAUCAACGUGGCUCACGUAUACUACCAGACCAAAGCCAGACACUACGCCCAUACAGACUGUCCGGGACAUGCAGACUAUGUGAAAAACAUGAUAUCUGGUGCUUCACAGAUGGACGGCGCCAUCCUAUUAGUGGCAGCCACUGAUGGUCAAAUGCCCCAAACCAUGGAGCACCUGCUUCUUGCCAGACAGAUUGGAAUCAAACACAUUGUUGUCUUCAUUAACAAAGCAGACCUAGUGGACAAGGACACUCUCGAAUUAGUCGAACUGGAAAUCCGAGAACUGCUCUGCGAUUUUGGCUUUGAUGGCGUAAAUGCGCCUAUUAUUUUUGGCUCUGCACUUCAAGCUUUAAAGGGUGAAGAGACGGAAUAUGGUGUGCCAUCUAUCAGGAGGCUGAUGGACGCUUUGGACUCCUAUAUACCAACUCCGACCAGGGAUUACAAGUCUCCGUUCGAGAUGCCCAUCGACAAUGUUUUCAGCGUUCCAGGACGAGGGACUGUAAUCACCGGAACAAUUAAAACAGGAACCAUCAACAAAGGAGACGAUGCAGUGGUCCUCGGCUUCAACGCAGAACACAAGACAGUGGUUAACGGUCUUCAGGUGUUUAAGAAAGAUGUCAGCCAAUCCAAAGCAGGAGACAAUGUUGGAGUGCUAGUGAAAAACCUGAAAGUGGCUGAUCUGGAGAAAGGAAUGAUUAUGUGUGCUAGAAAUUCAAAGAAAAUCAGUAACCACUACAAGGCAAACAUCUAUUUCCUGACAAAGGGCGAGGGUGGACGUAGGAAACCCAUUCUUAAUAAGUACAUCCAACAGCUUUUCAGCCUUACUUGGAAUUGUGCCGCUCGUAUUGAUUUGGAAGCCGGACAGAAUAUGUUCAUGCCUGGUCAGCAUGGCCAGGUUUAUUUAACAUUAAUCAAGAAAAUGGCAAUGACCAUCGGUCAGCCUUUCACGAUUCGGGAGAACAAUGUUACAGUUGCCACAGGAAUGAUAACACAGACUUUUGAAAGUUUGCAAUUCCCCAAUGAUAAGUUGUUCAAAGCUGAAGUUAAUAAUGAUUUGAAGUGAUUAGUUGGAAUAUAAAUAAAAUAUAAUCGAAUUCAAAGGAUUUUCAAUUUGAA